GUUCCUAAAUUAACCACGGCAGUGGUUCACUUAAUAACUGAUCGUAAAAGGGGGCAGAACUCACUCAGCGGCAGAAACGAUGGGCUCGAUUAUGGUUGUUAGUUGAGGACUACCUACAUUAGGUAACCUGUUUUUUGGACAACAAAGGGGGACGUGUGGUUGUACAGCAUCAUUGUGUCCGUAGUACCUUCUGAAAUCCCGUCUCUCUCCCCCUGAUUUGUUAGUGCUCAACAAGGACAUCGGUACAUGUCGUACCAUGACCAUCACGGGGACUCUGAAGCGGCCGUCCCUGCAGGACGAGGAGAAGCUGAAGCUCAACCACCAGAAGGGCUCCUCCAACUUCAACAGUCUUCCAGCCAACGUCUCCAAGCUGCACCUCCAGAGUUCCCCACACUACCUGGGCGCCAUCAACCUCAACGACUUCAGCAACCACACCUUGACUUUGAAGAAGGACAAAAGCCAACCUCCAAAAUCCAUCUACAUCUGUGAUGGAGACAUCUUCAAGAAGCUGGAUUCGGAGCUCUCGCGGGCACAGGAUCAAACCAGGGACGCCAGCUACGUCAUCCUGCCCACCAACACCUCCACCUUGAGGCCCAAGCCGCCUCCGCCACCACCCCCUCCUCCCCCUCCGCCGCCGCCCCCCAAGGAUGACACCAAGUACAGCAUCAACAUUGACCAGAUGCCCCAGACGAGACUUAUCCACCUCAGUAUGGCCACAGAUCCGGGCUUUGUGGUCAAGAGCCCCCCAAGAGAACCCACAGGAGGGAUGAGCUGUGUGGAAGGGCAAGUGUCUUCGAUGAUGCAGCAGCAACCGUUGUCUCCUCCGUUGGUCAAUAAAUCCGCGGACUCACAGAUGCCCAACAGUUUGUGCGACACGCUCAAGACCAGUAAUCCUAGAAAAUCAUGCACACAAGAAAACGUCACCAAGACAUGUUCCAGGACCUGAACCGGAAGCUGCAACAUGCAGAGAAGGAGAAAGAAUCUCCACCAAUGGAGACU